UUUUUAAUACCCUGUGUGCAUUUGGCCUUAAAGUCAUUAUGGCAAAUAUACAAUUAAUGAAUAGCAGUAGGGAAAGGUUCCAGAGUAGGAAGGAUAGGGACACGCAGGGGCGGACUGCCAACUCAUGGGGCCCCCAGGCAAUAGGGGAUCAUGGGGCCCCUGUGUCCUUGCCCAAACUCAAAAAAGUCUAUGAAAAAGGUACCAGGGGCAUCUCAUGGGGCCCCCUACUGACCCCGGGCCCUCGGGCAGUGCCCAAGUUUCCAAAU